CAACACGUUAACGAAAAGCAAACACGGUGCUGACUCACUGCUUGGCCACCUUUAAAAAGAAGGCACCUCGUAGAGCUUUCUUCCUCCUUCCGAACCUCCUUUUCUCUCCUCGAAGAAAAUAAAAUAUCAAUCAAAAUAUCUAACUUCAAUCAGACGAAUCGUCACACUGUUCAGAUCUGAACCACCCCCUCUGCGCAUCGAUCUAUCAGGGUUUGGAAUUUGAUGCUUGGCGGAGGUUGCGGGUUUUGAUUUUUGGAAAUUCGGAAUUGUUUUGGGGAAAUGGACGCGUCGUCGAGCCAGCCGGAGUUUGAUUACUUGUUCAAGUUGUUGUUGAUCGGAGACUCUGGCGUGGGGAAGAGUAGUCUCCUUCUGAGUUUCACGUCCGAUACUUUUGAGGAUCUAUCUCCUACCAUUGGGGUGGAUUUUAAAGUAAAACAUGUUACCAUGGGGGGUAAAAAGUUGAAGCUUGCAAUUUGGGACACAGCUGGACAGGAACGAUUCAGGACAUUAACCAGUUCAUAUUAUAGAGGAGCUCAAGGAAUAAUAAUGGUUUAUGACGUAACACGGCGAGAGACCUUUACAAAUCUAUCUGAUGUGUGGGGUAAAGAAAUUGAUUUGUAUUCAACAAAUCAAGACUGCAUCAAGAUGCUUGUCGGCAACAAAGUUGACAAGGAAAGCGAAAGGGUUGUUACGAAAAAGGAGGGAAUUGACUUUGCUAGGGAGUAUGGAUGCCUUUUCAUUGAAUGUAGUGCAAAAACUCGGGUCAAUGUGGAACAGUGCUUUGAGGAAUUAGUUCUAAAGAUUUUGGAAACACCAAGCCUCUUGGCCGAGGGCUCAACCGGUGGCAAAAGGAACAUCUUCAAACAAAAACCUCCCGAGCCUGAUGCUUCAACUAGUGCGUAUCCAGCCGGAAACCGGAGUGAAAUCGACAAGGGAUCGAACGUCGGCGGUUCAACCGGCGGCGUAACAAUUGGGCGAAACUCAGCCGCAGGGGUUUUGUUACAUAGAUACAGUCUACAGACGGAUAUAUAUAUUAUAUACACAACAACGUAUACGAAAAGUGGAAAUGCGGUGGUGAGCAUGAACGUCGUAGAUCCUCCCCCCUCCGCCUCCUCCUCUUCUACCUCUUCUUCUCCGCCCGAUGUCCCGCCCUUCAACGUCGAGGUCGAUCCACAACCAACGCCGCCUCCUGCGGCGGAGCCACCGCCACAGCAUCAACAACAGCCAGGGGUCCUAAUUCCAGAUCCCGAUGCCCUCUUUAGCGGCGGCGGUAUCAGCUUCCUCUCUGGACACCGAAAUGCAAGUUUCAGCUAUGGAUAUUCCAGUUUCAAAGGCAAAAGAUCCUCGAUGGAGGAUUUCUACGAGACAAGUAUAUCAGAAGUAGAUGGUCAGAUGGUUGCCUUCUUUGGUGUUUUUGAUGGUCAUGGUGGUUCAAGAACUGCUGAAUAUCUCAAGAACAACCUUUUCAAGAAUUUAAGCAGCCAUCCAGAUUUUAUUAAGGAUACAAAGUCAGCAAUCGUUGAGGCCUUUAGACAGACAGAUGCUGAUUACCUCAAUGAAGCAAAAGGCCAGCAAAAAGAUGCUGGUUCAACUGCAUCAACAGCUGUAUUGCUAGGGGAUCGGCUGCUUGUAGCAAAUGUGGGUGACUCCAGAGUAGUUGCUUGUAGAGCUGGUUCAGCUGUCCCUUUAUCUAUCGAUCACAAGCCAGAUAGAUCAGAUGAACGCCAGAGAAUUGAACAGGCUGGGGGUUUCAUCAUUUGGGCAGGAACAUGGCGGGUUGGCGGUGUUCUUGCAGUUUCUCGUGCAUUUGGAGACAAACUACUAAAGCCAUAUGUUGUAGCUGAGCCAGAAAUUCAGGAAGAAGAAAUUGAUGGCGUUGAUUUUAUUAUAAUUGCAAGUGAUGGACUUUGGAAUGUCCUUUCAAACAAGGAUGCUGUGACCAUAGUGCAGGAUAUAAAAGAUGCAGAAGCAGCAUCAAGAAAACUCAUUCAAGAAGCCUAUGCAAGAGGGAGCUCUGACAACAUUACUUGUGUAGUUGUCCGAUUUGAGAAUACACGAGAGUGAACGCGAAGAUUCUAAGGAUCCUCAGAGAAGGAUCAAUCGGGCGGGAGAAAAGCAUUAAUUCGGCUUUUCCUUCACUUUCAAGCUAUAGUUAUCAACUCUAUUAAAUCUGAUAGCUGAGUUUGUCAGUGGUUGGUCCCCAUCACUCAUAUAGUUUGUACUUGAUAUCUGGUUUGUUUCAGCCAAUGUAACCCUAAAAGAAUUCUUUCCUUUUCUUUGUUAUUUUUAACUUUUUUUCAAAGUUAAAUGAUGUGCUUUGAAUUUGUGUCCCCAUUCCCCCCUGAUUGUAUCAUGGUUUUAGCUACAUUUAAAAUUCCAAUUGGCUUGCUUGAUGUAUGAUCAAUUAGGUGGCGAUUUGCGCU